UUGGAUUCAUAGACUUCAAGGUGGCAACAGGGCCACUUCAGAGGUUGCAGAAUCAACAAUGUCUCUGGGAUCAAAAGCUUGGAGUCCUUGGAGUCCAGCCUGGGCUCAAAAGAACUCUUUUUCAUGGCUGAUCCUACCGAUGACAACGACAUAGAGGACUGGCUACCGGUGCUUUCUUUUGAUGGCUUUUUAGGUGAAGAAGACGGUGAGGCCGGUGCAAUGAUGGCGUCGUUUCCCCCUCAAAAGCCCCGGCCAUUUGUAAGGCGGGAUGAUCAGAGGACCACCUUGCCCAGGAGGUUGCAAGCUUUGACUCCACCCACUGCAACAUCAGGUGGCGUCAAAGCCAUCCGUGGCUUCCCGGCGCCGGCAGAAGCGGGAGGAGCGUGCCCAUGUUCGCACGGGAGCCCCAGAGAGGGCCAGUGCCGCUCGCGCGCGCCAGCCGCUUCCGCUGGGGUCGUUGGUUCCGGUGUCGUUCCGUUUGGGACGACGGUGCGACCGGACCGAGACCGACAGGUCUGGCGCAUGACAAGGCUCGCACUCGGGAGUUGCGAGCCGUCCACCAGGUGCUGCAGGCCCUGCAAGAAGCUUUACCGAACUUGUGGUCCAGGUGCUCCAGUGCGGACUCAGGUGCCCGGCAAGAGAAGAAAGUUAAGCAUCCCACAGAGGAAGAAGUAGAGGAGGCUCUCACUGCUGCAGCUGCAGCACUGCAGGUUGAAUGCCCUUAUCGGAGACUGCCGCAGAUCUUUGCUCCCCAAGAAGGUCUGGAGAUACUCUCAAGUAUGAUUGACCGACCACCGAAAUAUCAAGAGAAGUACUUGGCACAAGAAUGGUCAAUUCUGGCCAAAGUCUGGGCAUUGGCACCCAAUCUUGGACCCCGGUCUGGUGGCUUGGCGGUGGUGGACAUCGGCGCAGGAAAUGGAAGCCUUGCAUUGCUGGCAGGCUUGCUGCUGGGUGGUCAUGCAGUGCUCAUUGAUCACACGCUGCCUCCAGAACCCAUGCGCGUUGAAGCGCGGCUUCCUGAGCAAUAUCGGGAUCGGAUUUUGCGCGUGACGGGCGACGUGGGUGAUUUGGAUGCAAGCAGGGAAAUCGAGCCCAUUUUGGAAAAGCACGGCAUUCGGCAAGUUGUGGUCAUUGCAAAGCACCUUUGUGGAACUGGUACCGAUUUAGCUCUGAAAUUGCUUCGUCGCUGGUGUAGCAAUGGCACUAGAGUAGAAGUACUGGGAGCCGUUAUUGCCACUUGCUGCAUGCACAAGAUAAAUACAUCGGAAGAGAAAGAGGUAUUUGCAGACAUACAUUCAAGUGAUUCCUAUUUGAGAAAGCUGACGGGCGACAAGGAUGGAUUGCUGUCCUUGCUGAGCGUUUGCACUCGUUGUGUUGCCUGGCGCACCACCGCUGGUGCGGAAGCAAGCCGCAUUACGGAAAAGCAGAUUCGGGUGGCGGAAAUGUUCGAAGACCUUCUGCAACAACCACGUUUGAAGAUCCUACAACAUCUCUUUCCCUCCGCUACUGAAGUGGCCUUUGUACCCUUCAAGCAAUCUCCACAAAAUCGCUGUUUGCUCGCAGGCAGCGAACUUGGAGUGAGAAGAGCCUUGGCCACUGGUGAUGCCGGCGCGGGCGCGGCCGGCGAGGUCCUUGCGGCCUUGGCGUCGGCCAGGGAUUCGCUGCUGGCGGUGAAUGGAACAGCCUUGGAUCUGAGACCUCAUGGGAUGGUUUCAACAAGGUUCGACUAUGAUGGGACUUGAGGGGCUCGACAUGCACAGAUUCUCCUUUUCCAGCUCUUUCAGCCCGCACUUCGCUUUGGAGCCGGAGCGACUUUACACUUGCUCACUCAUGGAGGCGUGUGGGCACCACUUCUAUCCUCCAAGCAAUGGCUACAAGAAAAAUAUGGACUUGUGUGACAGUGUCGUUGAGAUCGACCGCCUCAGGGGCCCUUUGGCACAUUUGGCAGGGAAGAGCGCUUGUAUUCUCAGCUAUGAUGUGGAGAACGAUUGUCAUAUAGCUGCGACAUGCAAUACACGAUUCCCAUUGAAGAGUGUCCAGAUUAGUCGCAUCCUUGCACGACCUGAGGACGAGGACUCUGUCACUCACGGACGCUGCGUAUCCCGCAUGCGAGGGACGGCUUUUCGUGGCAUUCCCAAAUCCUCAAUAGACUUUCAAAUCUUGUCGUAUCUCAUCCGCCUGGAUGUGGGACAGAGAUUGGACGACUUGCAUGAAGAGCUGGCAGGUCGAUGCCGGCGUCCGGUGUCGGACUACUUCACUCCAAAUAAACAUGUGCCAUCUGGGCAUCCCAACGAGCUUUGUACGUCCACAUUGCCUUUGCAACAGGUUCUUGAGAUGCUCUCUGAAGGUACAAAGGUUUGGACGAAGUGCCUUGCUGCCGUUGGCCCUAAGCGAGACAAGGCAGCCGAAUUCUUGACCUGCCGGAUCUACGAUUUCAUUUGCUUGGAGAAAGCUUUGGAUGAAGAUCCUUUGGCUUUCUUGGCUCAUACUGCUUCAGACCCACAAGCCAAGCAAAUCUCCAUGGAUAUUGUGUGCUCCUGGCUGGUGCUUGAAGACUAUCUUCCAUGCAAAGCGCAUCCCAGAUCCCACGAGCUCCUGGAGCUUCGCGAAGGUGAUGCGGUCCUCGUGUCGGAGCAGCAGACAGCCAAGUGGCACGGCAUGACGAAGGGCGGAUGUGCUGGAUUUGUACUUCAGAGACCGGC